UAACACCUCCAACCGACGUUGCUACAAAACCCUACGUUUCACAAUCUUUGAAUCCUAACCGCACAUGAAUAAACCCUAGCCAAAAUCUUUAUUUUUUACAUCGCACAAUUAUGACUUCUAAAUCGCCGGUGAACAGCCUGCAUUGCGCCGGACGAGUUCAGUCCAACUACGACAGAGCUUUGCUCACUCCUCCUCCGGAACGGCAUUCGCAACUCGCCCGCCAGCGCGGCGGCCUCAUUUCCAUUCCCGGAAAACUGAAGCCGCCGAUGAGCGGUGCUUCUCGGAGGCUAACGAAGCUGCUGCUUAAUGUCACCAUUCAACAUAGCUUCGGACCAAUUCAGGUAGUGACCUCGCCGGAAAACACCGUCGGAGAUUUGAUCAAGGAAGCUUUGGCGAUUUACGUGAAGGAGAAGAGAAGGCCGUUGGUGAAGCAAACGAAUCCAGAGUGUUUCGAGCUUCAUUACUCGCAAUUCAGUUUGGAAAGUCUGAAGACGGGGGAGAAGUUGAUAAACUUGGGGUCGCGGAACUUCUUCUUGUGUCAAAAGCCUGCCAAGUCUCUCGAUUCAUCUUGCUACGAAGAAGCUAUGUCUCUGUUUCCCUUCACCAAGUUCAUGGAUUUUCUGCUUUAGAAAUCUCCUGCCAUGCUUUGGUUCCAUCAAUCAGCUCUCUCCUAUUUUGUACUCUCCGGGAGUGUGGGGCUCAAAUUCAAAGACCAAAUGGAAUAAUGGCCCUUUUGUCGCCUUGUUUCUCUAGCGUUAACUAAAAUCUCAGUUGUAAAUCACUUAGCUUCAUCAC